AUGACUUCAUAGGGGUGGAGCCCGGCGAGGCUGCAGUCGAGGUGGCAGGCAACCUGAGCCAGGGAACAAGUGAACUUGUGGCGUCAAAGACAGGUGAGCUGAGCUGAUAGGCAGCUUUUGCACUCGCCUGGGAAACGAGCACUAAACUCAGCUCCCUAAGAAUCGACAGUCUCCCAAGGAAGAGGGUUGUCACUGCUGAAAAUGGAAACCAAAGCAGCCCCUGGGAAAGGGGGCCUGGGAGCCCAGAGGAAGAAUUUGACCUUCUUGAAGCACAGGCUGUACAUGUUGGAGAGAAGGAAGACAGACACCGUUGUUGAGACCAGUGUUUGUGUGGACCAGGGUAACUCUGGCACUUUGAGGAGGAGCCAAUCUGACAGGACGGAAUACAGCCAGAAGUUACAAGAAAAGAUGGCCCCACAAGCUGGGUCCUUGUCACCCGUCACUUCACUGCAGGAGAAUGAAGAGCAGCUGACCAGGCGAAUGAUGGCCAAGAGGGUAAAAAUCAUUGCAGAACUGGUGCAGACAGAGAAAGACUACCUCAGUGACCUGGAGCUGUGUAUCAGGGAAGUGGUUCAGCCCUUGAGAAACAAGCAGAUUGUUAGGUUUGACGUGGAUGGCUUGUUUAGCAACAUUGAAACAGUCCAUCAAAUAUCAGCCAAACUGCUGUCAUUGUUGGAAGAAGCCACAGCAGACGUGGAAUCACCCAUGCAAGUAAUUGGGGAAGUGUUCUUGCAGAUUAAAGGCCCACUAGAAGACACAUAUAAAAUCUACUGCUACCACCACGACGAUGCGCAAGCCAUGCUUGAAUCCUAUGAAAAGGAUGAAGAACUGAAACAGCAUUUAAAACACUGUGUACAGUCCUUAAAAAAGAUAUAUGAGGAAGAAGGAAAACCGAAUUUAAUGGACAUGGGAUCCCUGAUGAUCAAACCAAUUCAGCGUGUGAUGAAAUAUCCAUUGUUACUGUGCGAGCUUUUGAAUUCGACUCCUGCUUCCCACCCUGACCACAAGGCACUGCAAGAUGCCUUUGCUGCUGUGAAAGACAUUAAUGUGAACAUCAAUGAACUUAAAAGAAGGAAAGAUUUAGUGUUGAAGUAUAAGAAGAAUGAUGAAGAAGAAUCUCUUAAAGAGAAGUUUUCCAAACUGAAUAUUCACUCCAUUAGCAAGAAAUCCAAGAGGGUUACUAGCCAUCUGAAAAUUCUGACGGGGGGAGAGCCUCAGGUGAAAGACCAGACCUUUAAUAAGGAGGAAAAGCUAUUUAGAAGUUUAGAAAAGACUGUGAAAUUUUGUGUGAAGAAUAUUUCAUUCUCCCUACAACAUCUACAGGAUUCCAUGCUUCUAGCUGCACAGAAUAUAACUGAACUACAAGGUAUUUUAUACAACAAAGAUGAUGAAGACAAUGGCUGUUCAAAAAUGCUGCAUAACAUUGGAAAUCCCUGUGAAGGCUUUGUGGAUCAAUUGGAAAAGCUGGUUUUGACCCCUCUCUCAGCUCUACAAGCCUUGUUUUCAGGCCCCCAGAAGCUUAUCCAGAAGCGUUAUGACAAGUUGCUGGAUUAUAAUGGCUGCCUUGAAAGGUCAGCAGGAGAUGAACUGGAUCUGACAAAGAAGGACUAUGAGGCUCUCAAUGCACAGCUCGUGGAGGAACUUCAGGUGUUCAACAGGACGGCCAAGAAGAUUGUGAUGAACUGUCUGCAUUGCUUCAUCACUCUCCUCAGGGACACAGUGUCCUCAGCAUUUCAGUCAUAUUCGACCAUUGUGGUGCCUGUUCCGCUGUCUUCCUCAAGUAUCUGUGAGUUACAAAAUCAGGUGAUGGAAGAGUUUCACAAUCUAAAUUUUGUAAAAGAAAACAGCAGUGCUACAUUUAUUGAGAGAAAACUGAGCUUUGAAAAGAAGAAACCUGCCCCUACCCAGCCUGAAUCUCCACGUCAGACAGAGAGCCAGAGAUCCAAGCUAUUGUCCACAUACAGCACAGAAUCAAUUUAUCAAGCUAAGCGCAAAUGCAAUGCCACACAGGAAUUUGAUAUUGAUUUAUAUGAAGGUGAGCUGGUGGCUGUUGUUGAGCAAAAGGAUCCCUUUGGAAGUACAAGCAGGUGGCUUGUUGACACAGGAAUUCUUAAAGGGUAUGUGUAUUCCUCAUUCCUGAAGCCCUACAAUCCAGCCAAGGUGCAGAAGGAUGUAGCAGAAAACAGUUUCUGUGAUGACGAUUUCGAUAAUAUCAGCCUUUUUGUCUCUUCACGGCCUACCAAUGAUAGCAGCGCAAGAAAUCUAGGACAUAAGAGGAGUGACAGCAGCUCAUCUAAUAAUAGCCUAUGUGAAAAACCUGCAAUUAAUGGGACAGAGACUGAUCAUGAUGUGGAUGAUCAACAUACUUUCUAUGCUGUUUAUGCAUUUCAAGCAAGAAGCCAUCAGGAACUCAGCCUUCAGGAGUACCAGCGGGUUCGGAUACUCCAGUUUUCUGACCUGAGCGGCAAUAAAGAAUGGUGGUUAGCAGAAGCCAAAGGACAGAAAGGAUAUGUACCUGCUAAUUACCUUGGAAAGAUGACAUAUGCAUAGGAACAGAAAGGAUUGUUAGGACCAGUUUCUCUGAAAUAGUGACUCAUAGUCAAAAUAAUAAUCUGUUCUAAUUUACAGCAAGCAGAGUGAACGCACAAGUGAUUUAUAACCCAGCUAUAAUAUCUGGAGAGGUACAUAGGCUACACUGAGAACUCCUGCAUGCUAAAAACCAUUACUUUGUCAAGACCUGAGGAAGAGGAAGUGUUUAACAAGAUUCUCUCUGAUGAAUGUCCUGGAGAGCUUGCUAUUUCUUUACUCAUUCAUUCACUCUCUUAGUACUAUACUUCAUAAGUCAGGAGUUAACACAUAAAUAAAAAGCACAGCUAAACGUAUACCUUUCUAGGAGUGCCUCUCCAACAUACUUAGCAAAUAAUAUGUGAACCCAAGAGAAUUAACCUUGGAAAAGGAUAAAUUGUGUCAUCAGAAUAGCCGUAAAGACUCUAUUGUUCAGAUUGAGAUGACUAUUCCAUCCCAACUCCCUAUUAAUUCUCAGAACUUUACUUUUGGGCUGUGAACAUUUACAGGAAGUCCAUGGAGUCAUUUAUCAAUUAUUAGAGAUGAAAAAAGUUGUCUUUUAAGAACAUUGUCCUUUUUGGUACUUGAUCACUCAAAAAGAGCUGUUUUAAAACUUAAAACCUGGCAAGUACCUAACUUUUACUCAGAAAAGUGCACUUUGCCAAAUUUGGAAUAAAAAAAAUUGGUUGAGAAAUAAGCAAGUUAUCUUUUGAUAAUGACAUAUUUAGUAUGCACAAUGUGUAAUUUUUCAUAACUUAAAUCUGUACCAUAUAGCUCUAGAUAUAUGCCCCAUUAAUAUGUUUAUAUUUGGAGAUCUGCACAUUGACAAAUCCUGAUUUUUUUGCAAUUAUUAGACUUUAAAAUAAAAUCAAGUGGUGACUUCAUUUGAAUGCCUUAUUGCAGUGGUUUCCAAUCUGAAGUCUGUGGACCCUUAGGGGUCCCCAGACUAUGUCUAAGGGGUCUGCGAAAGAUGACUAUGAAAAUAAAGUUUCAGAUUCCAGAAAAGGCAUUCAGUUUUUCUGAUCAAUCAAAAGUAUGUGACUACUCCCACCUACAGGUCAAAACCUGGAAGUGUUGUUGUUACCAUAGAAGCCCACAGUUUAGUGCCCGUUCUCACAUUGCGUCAAAUGCUGUGCUGAGAGCACAUGCAACAUUUAUAGUUGAAUUCUGUUCAGUCAGUUUUCAGUCUAAGACUUCAGUGGUACGGUUCAUGGACCACAGAUUGAAUUUUCAGAAAUUUCACCUCCAUUUAACAUUUUUUAGUGGACCACAAAUAAAAAAAGUUUGAUAACCACUGCUUUAUUGCAUAUGUGACCCCUUUGGGGGUGCAUGACUAAUCAUUGAGACAACAGCCUUGAGGAAGUGCAUCUAGGUGCCAGGACUCACAGUGUGGCACAGUAUCUCCUUCAGAUGUUUCUAUUAAUCUUGGACUAUAUGACCAUUAGAUUGUACAGUGGAAAAAACUUAAUGUAUUUGACUGUGCAAUAAUUAGAUUUUCUAGUGUUUGCAGGAUUAGGGGCCAACCUUUGAUCACUAAAGUAGCUUUAAAUACUUUGAUAUCACCAGUGAAUACAGAAAUACAAAAUUAUGUGGAAAGAAGUGAUCACUGCAGUACUGCUCUUAUAGAUUCCUAUUAAUUACACAUGGAAAUCAAUGGAAAGACUCCUAUGGACUACCCUAGUCAUCAGAUAAGACCGUAGCCCACCUCUGACCUGAAAUGGUGACCUACUAACAUAAGCCCCUGUCAGGUAUUUUCUGUCCCACAACAUCAUUGAUGACUGACUGUGAUAGUGACAAUACUAUGAAAAUUGAUUAUCAGCCUUCAUAGUCAACUAUACGUUUAGGCAACAGUCAUAAUAAAGCCACUGACUGCAAGUUUCCUGCUCCCCGAGCCCAAAUGUAGCAUUUAAAGAUAAAAUGAAUGAAACCAUUUAAUAGGAUUCAGAAUAAAAGGAGACUACCAGCGAAAGAAGGAUGAGAGAGGUUAGGAUUGUUCAUGAAGUGCAAACAAAGAGGUCUCUUAAAAGAAAAAUCUAGCUUUAAUUUUUCCAAGGGAGAGAAACUUGUUGAAUUCGCAGAAGAGGAAAGGUGUGGCAGGUCAUGGAAGAACUUUAGCGCUCUGUACAUUGUAUGACAGAAAUGGCUUGAGAAAAGUUCACUAGUGUGGACAUACAGAUUUUGGUAUUUGAACUUCUGUGAUCGAUCACAAUCCAAAUGAUAAAUAAUUAACGAUGUGGUUACACUGCCUUAUUUGUGAUGCACAGGAUUGUACCUAGCUGUUGCAAUUUCCAUUAGUGGAAUGUGCCCAUCCCUUCAACAAAUGUUACCAUCCUAUUCGAUCCGUUCAGAAUGCAGUUGAUAUUGUAAAUAAUAUUGUCUUUCUGUCAAGUAAAAAACAAAAAAACCUUUGGGUCGACUGUUAUGUCAGCUUGCUGCUGCGCAACCUUCAUUAUAUUUAAUGGGGACUAUGGGGCUCAAAACCUUGUGGGUAGAGCUGAAUAUACUCCAAUAAAUAAAUUGCACUAAUUUUGCACUUAAAACCAAAAAAAGGUUUGUUAUUGGAAAGAUCCCCCACAAGAAGUUUCUCAGCAUGUCUUAUAUUUCAGAAUAUCUUAAUUAGAGAAGAUCUGCUAUCUGCAGUAGCUGAAAAGUGUUUUAAAGUAGCUGAAUUGUGUGUAAUAGGCUUAAUAAGCUCCUACAAGCACAGUGAUGAAGCUUUGUAUGCUCAGGACUGUAGUUAAACGAAAGAACUAGGGAGCAAGAUAUUUAAAAGGGACUAGUGAUUUUGGAUGCCUCAGUGUUCGGGUGCCUAGCUUGAGCCACCUUAAAGGUCUCUGAAUAUCAGCCAUUUUUCAGGUGUCUCAAAUUGAUAUAAAAAAAUUGCAGCCAAAAUCACUAGUCACUUUUGAAAAUCUUGGCCUAAGUGUCUUGAUUUCACAAGGAAUGAAGGACUGUACUUAGUAUUAAAAGAUGGGCUUUUCAAAGGAAUCUGAGGGAGUUGGACACCUAAGCCCUACUGAAUUUCACUGGGAUUUGGGAGCCUAUUCCCUCAGGCCCUUUUGAAAACUCCAGCCUUAGCUGCUGGUGCACAGAAUAUAUUUUGUAUAUUUUAGGAUAAAAAUAAUCUAUAUAGCUUGAAUUAUAUCCGCUUUCUUCCAUCAACCACAAUCACUUUGGAGUCACAAAAAGUUUCAUUUGUAAUGUACUCCGUAUUGACUGAUGGGACUGGCUUUGAUCAUUUCUGAAACCUUGUUCAGUUUUAACUAUUAUAAAUGAAUGAAAAUAUAUUUAUUUUUCCAACUUUUAUCUGUUUUUAAAAUAAAUUCAAGCCAAGAGCAUUGCCAAGAUGAUGAUGAUAAGCUGUCCGAAUUAAUACCUUGCCUACACUGGAGGAAUUUGGCAAAAAUUCUAAUGGGACCUGCCUAAAGCAGAUCUAGUUGAGACAGUGCUUAAAACUCUAGAUACCCAUGUACAUUAGGGUUCCCUAUAUUGCUAACAUCAGUGGAAGCGAACUGGUUUUAGUAAAGGUGUGAUGGGGGGAAAGGCAAUUUUUUUCUAAUGUAGACAUGACUUCAUUAUUCCAAGGGCGUACUCCUGUUAAUCAAUGACAAAACUUUCAUUGACCUCAAUGGAGUAAGAGUAGGCUCCAGUUUAGUAAACCAAUAAGGCACCAAUCCUGCAAAUACUUAAGCACAGCACUGUACUUACUUUAAAUCAAGGGGAUUAUGAACUUGCUUAAGUGUUUGUCGAACUGGGCGCCAAUGUUGUCACAGUGUUUCUUCUUCGAUAGAAUUUUUUUUUUAAAGUGAUGCCAUUGUGCUCUGCACAGCAAUUUCAAGCCCAGUAGAUUCCAAAGUCAAAAAAAGCCAGGGAAUCAAGUUUUAUCUUUGGUAACCACCUACUGGACUAUCUUCCUUUUGUUUGGGGUAUUUGUGGUCCCUGUCCUAGACAGGAUAUUAUUCACUUUUUCUGGGAAAAAAACAUUGAGAAUUAUUCCUUGCAAUACUUGUUUUUAAAUUAAUACAUUUCAGUGUGUUAGCAUCUAUGUGGAAACUUCAAAAACACUCCUGCUUUACUUUAUGAAAGCUCA